ACGCUAACCAAGAAGGAUUCAAGAAUGGCUUAUUUUGCAUUCCUCACACUCGUCACGCUCGUUGCAAGCAACUACCUAAUCAGUGGAACCGACUGGAGAGAGCUGGUGAACAAUGAUUGCAAACCACCAGCGGGUGAUCUGAAGCUACCACAGUGUGAGCAGCCAGUUAGACCAGGGAUGUCGUGCCCGACCGAUCAUAAUCCCCAGUGUCGUGAUCAAUGGUACUACGACAAUCGUACUGGUGAAUGUCUUCACUUUUCGUAUGCUGGGUGCAGCGGAAAUACCAACAAUUUUGGAUCCAAGCAGGAUUGUGAGAAAAAAUGCAAGCCUCAAGAAGUGAAAUCAACCUCUUGAGGGGAAACCUCCAAGAAAUGCUGCUUUCUUUCUUUAUUUCUUCAUAGCUUAGAGAUAUGGAAAUAAAAGUUUUGCCAUCU